CUAUAUAUUCUAUGCCAUCCUCUGGCUCGUCCUAAUGGCUUUGGAAUACAAGGACCUUGUUAGACUUCAGUUUUGGAUCCUUGCCGUCAUUCUCCUCGGGUUUCUUGAGAAGGUUUUUUUUGUUGCAGAGUAUGGAACUGCCAAUGGAGGAAUAGAUUCCUCUGGUUUGAUAUAUGUUGCUGAGAUUGUGUCUGCAGCUAAGAGAGCAUUGUCCAGAGUAUUGAUCAUUAUUGUUUGUGAAGGAUUUGGAACUGUCAAACCAAGGUUGGGUCAUCUUCUUACUAAAGUG